UUCGGAUAACAUUUCUAAUUGUGAUUGGCCAAGACUUAUCCAAUUGAGAACUGUGCUCGACAAUGUUGGUUUCCACGGCUUUCGGCGGCAACACCAUCGACGAACAUGACUACUGCCACGCAGCUGACCACGCUUCGUGUAUUGACCGACCCAGGUCUUUACCUGCUCAUCAAUGCGUUCAACGACGGUCUCGAGUUCAAGCACUGGACAAGUGCAGACCACGCUGCGUAUGCUGGGCAUCUUUACAUUUUGCAGACGCGCAUGCAAGAAGGACUCGAGUUGGCGGCCACCACAAACGCCAUGGACUGGGCAGCGUGCAACGGACACAUGGAGCUGCUGAAAUGGCUUCACAAUCACCACGAUCGAGGGUGUACGUUUCGAGCGAUGGACUGGGCCGCGAACCACGGCCGUCUCGAAGUCGUCCAGUGGCUGCAUGUGAAUCGAACGGAAGGGUGCAGUGCUGGCGCGAUCGACAACGCCGCAUCUGGUGGCCACGUGCAUGUGGUGGAAUGGCUGCUGGCGAAUCGACCCGAAGGAUGCAGUGUCCAUGCAAUGGACAGCGCAGCACGGCACGGCCGAGUGGACAUGCUAGCGUAUCUCCACGCACACACAUCGGAAGGGUGGAGCGUCAUGGCCAUGAACGAAGCGGCGGGGUAUGGGCACUUGUCGUGUGUGCAGUGGCUUCAUGCCAACAAGGACCACAACGCAGCUUUGCUGAAGGAGGGCGAAAACGACCUCGAGAAUGACGCUGCCAAGGCGGUUUUGCUGGAAGAAUUGUUUGGCGGAGACGACGAGUACGACGAGCCGUUUGACGAGACUGCGUUUACGUCCGAGUUGCCGUACAUUCCAGACUUGGAGUUCAUCGACGAAGAGCAUUUUGAUCGAGCCCACCUGGAUCAUGAUGUAGUAGAAGACAAGGUGAUGCUCGGUCCAUUGGACAUCGCCGCAUCCAAAGGCCAGUUGGCGGUCGUCCAGUGGCUUCACGGCGCUGGAUACCCUUGUACGACCUACGCCAUGGACUCGGCCGUCGGCAAUGGCCAUCUAGAAUGCUUCAAGUGGCUCGCAGCCCAUCGAGCAGAAGGUUGCACGACCUUGGGUAUGGAUGUUGCCGCGGAAAAUGGACAUUUGGAGAUUGUACGAUAUCUGCACGAACAUCGCGCAGAAGGUUGCACAUACGAUGCCAUGAAUCACGCAGCGCGCAAUGGCCAUUUGGAUGUGGUGGCGUUUCUGCAUGCAUAUCGACGAGAGGGGUGUACGACAGCCGCGAUCGACGGCGCGGCGGAAAAUGGCCAUCUGGAGGUUGUGCAGUGGUUGUUCCGACAUCGAGAGGAAGGCUGUACGACCGAGGCAAUGGACAAAGCAGCGUCCAAGGGACAUUUGGACGUGGUGCGGUGGCUGCACUUUGAUGCCCACCAACAGUGUACGACCUGUGCCAUGGAUUGCGCCGCCGAAAACGGCCAUCUGGAGGUCGUCCAAUUCCUGCACGAGCAACGGUCCGAGGGUUGUACGACCGAAGCCAUGGACACGGCGGCUUUUCAAGGCCAUUUAGAAGUUGUCCAGUGGCUCCAUGCCCAUCGUACCGAAGGGUGUACGGAACAUGCGAUCGACGGCGCCGCGGAAAAUGGCCAUCUGGCCGUACGUUGCCGACUUUGCACCCAACGCGACACGUCAUCGCAUGUAUACGUUAGGUGGUGGAGUGGUUGCACUGGAAUCGGGCCGAGGGGUGCACCACCGACGCCAUGGAUCGCGCCGCGCGGAAUGGACAUUUGAGUGUGGUGCAAUUCCUGCACUCGAACCGCCACGAAGGUUGUGUUGAAUGCGUUGAAGUAAUAACUACUAUUGGAGCAGGUUGCACGGUGCACGCGAUCGAUCGGGCGGCUGGCAAUGGGUACUUGGCCACGGUGCAGUGGCUUGUGGAGCAUCGGGACGAAGGUUUCACCGGUGCAGCGUACGAACAAGCCGACGACUACGGGUACAACAACGUAAUUCAGUACCUGACGUCGCUGCAAGAGGCUGAAGAUGCGCUAGAAGACGAGGACAUUGUGAACACAACGUACUAAGAGACCAACAAUAAUCUGGACCUGUUGCCUAAACACUGAUGACC